GGAGUCAGAACCGGCGCGACCCUGGCGUCAUCGAGGGUGGUGGAGGGUCGGCGCAGCGCAAUGACGUAUGGCCCUAAGGGCGGAGGCGACAGCCCCUUAUGCUGCGGCGCCCGCUGGCCGGGCUGGCGGCGGCCGCCCUGGGCCGACCCCCAUCGGACUUGAUGUCAGGCCCCAGGCCCGUCGUCCUGAGUGGCCCAUCAGGCGCUGGGAAGAGCACCCUGCUGAAGAGACUCCUGCAGGAGCACAACAACAUCUUUGGCUUCAGCGUAUCCCACACCACGAGGGACCCAAGACCUGGAGAAGAGAACGGCAGAGAUUACUACUUUGUGACCAGGGAGGUAAUGCAGCGGGACAUUGCUGCCGGUGACUUCAUUGAGCAUGCCGAGUUCUCAGGGAACCUGUAUGGGACCAGCAAAGCCGCAGUGCGGGCCGUGCAGGCCAUGAACCGCAUCUGUGUGCUGGACGUGGACCUGCAGGGCGUGCGCAACAUCAAGAAGACCGACCUGCACCCCAUCUACAUCUCCGUGCAGCCGCCUUCGAUGGAAGUGCUGGAGCAGCGGCUGCGGCAGCGGAACACAGAGACAGAGGAGAGUCUGGCAAAGCGGUUGGCGGCUGCCCGGGCCGACAUGGAGAGCAGCAAGGAGCCCGGCCUGUUUGACCUGAUCAUUGUGAACGACAGCCUGGACAAGGCCUACCAGGCCCUGAAGGAGGCGCUCUCUGAGGAAAUCAAGAAGGCACAAGGGACCGGUUGCUCCUGAGGAAGCUGAUAACUAGGUUCUUCCCGGGCAGGCCGGGUCUUGCCCAUGUCUUUGGGGUGGGGGUGCUGCUGCUUGAGGGCCUCCUCUGCCAUGUUUCUCUUUCCUGUGGGAAUGGGGACUUAUUUCUAAUAAAGAAACACUGGCUUAGUGUCCACUGAC